AUGUAUGAUUAUUCGAAUCAAAAUAAACUUGAAAGCUCUUUGGAACCUAUUUCACCGACAAGUUCUAUUAUAUGGAUAGUUCAGAGGGAUUUUGUUGUAAAAACAGUAGAGAAUAAGCUAUUUUUGUCAGGGUCUGUAUCAUAUUUGGAGCCUUUUUUAGGAAUAGCCAAACAAAAUAAAUUAAAAUUACUAAAAUCAACGAAUGAUAAUAACCAAUUCUCUAAAGAAAAUAAAACAUGUUCGAUAUGUCAAGAAAAAAUUACUGAUAUGUUUGUUGAAGUAAUGGGGAUGAUUCUACAUUCAGAAUGUUUUAAGUGUUAUGAUUGCCAUAAAACACUUGUAUCUAAUUUUUUUCUUAUUAAUGAUCCCAAAGAAAAUGAGCAGCGACCUCUUUGUGAGACUGACUAUUUCCGUCGUUCUGAUCUUCUUUGCAUAUCAUGUGGCAAAGCGCUUCAAGAAAUGUAUAUUGUGGCUUUAAAUAAAAAGUAUCAUAUUAAUCAUUUUACUUGUUCUAUUUGUUCAACAACGUUUACUCCAGAGGAUUCAUAUUAUGUAUAUAGAAAAAACAUAUAUUGUUAUUUUCAUUAUUUCACAAGAUUUGCUAUUAAGUGUAAUGGUUGUCGAUUUAUUAUUUCAAAGCAAUUUACAGAAAUUCUAAGAAAUGGGCAAAAAGAAUAUUGGCAUGUUGGUUGUUAUGCUAUUUAUAAGUUUUGGAAAGUUAAACUUGCUUUACAAACAAAAAAUUUAAAUGAUUUUUUAAAAUCUAAUUUUUCUUCAAAGCAUCUCCUAGAACAAGAAAAAAUUUUGAAAGAAAAAGUUUAUCGGAUCUGGGAAGUUCUUUCUAGAUUUGAAAGAUCUUUUGUAGCAUGUAUUAGUAGCAUGCUUUUACAUAUCUCAAACGGUAAUUAUAUUGAUGAAAUUAUCAGUGCAAAGAAUUUUGUUGAACAUGUUGAAUCAUUGUUUUUGGCUUUGGACUGGUUAAAAUUUUCAUUUCAUGAAUUUAAUGAAAAAUUUAUUUUAUAUAACCGAGAAGUAAAAUUAUUUUUUAGAAAAAUCGUUUAUUUUUUUUCUUUUUUAUUAACAACUUGGAAAUUAAGAAUAAAAAGAUUAGGGACUACUGACAAAAUUUUGUCAUUAACAUUAGGAUUAUCUCGUUAUUUAAAGUAUUUAACAAAGAUUUCGCUGAUUGGUGCAUUGCAAUUGGAAAAAGAUAAUAUUAAUCCAACAGCAGUUUAUGAUUUUUUAGAUUAUUUGGAUAGUUUAAAAUUGGGUGUAAGGUUAUCGAAUGAUUUUAAUAAUGAAGAAAUGUCAUUUAAAUUAUUAUUUUCUAUUGAAUAUAAUGAUAUAACAUCUAACAUUUGCAUGAUAUGUCAAAAAAAUAUAAAAGAAAAAUGUGUUCGUAUAGGCAAUAAAAGGUGUCAUAUAUAUUGUUUAAAAUGUUCAAAAUGCAAUAAAGAUAUGGAACAUGAGCCUAGGAACGCACGAUGGAAUAAAACUUCUAAAUCUAUUUUAUGUUUAGGAUGUUCAACUACUGAUUCUGAAGAAUUUCUUCAAGUCACUGAAUUUUCACAGUACAUUUUUCUUUUACGAAUUAUUUUAUUGCAAUUGUAUAUCACUUUCAAAGAUAAUUCCAUUGUACCACAUCUAUUUGGUACUUUAUCUUUAGAAACUUGUAAUUUUUUUGAAAAUCAAGAGGAUUUUUCUUUAACAUAUAACAAUUUUGAAACAAGAUUAUCUAUAGACGAUAAAGUGUAUUUUAAAAUCCUUAAAGACGCUCAGAAUUUAUAUAAAUUUCGUUUAAAUUCUAAAUUAUAUAAUGAUGAUUUUGAGUUUUUUAAUGUUAAUGGUAAAAUAACUAAUAUUAAUGAAAAAGGGAAAAAACGUAAAUCAAGUGUUUUUCAGUAUCAAUAUUUAAAUAACUCUUUAAUGGAAUCUAAAUUUAAAAUUCAAUCAGAAAAUAUUUCUCAAAUUUCAACACCGAAACCUGAUAAAGAGUUAAUAAUCGAUAAUUCUACUGAAACAAAAACAUAUUUGUCAAGUCUUUCUAUUUUAGAAACAUUUGUUAUAAAGCAUAUUGCAAUUUUAUCAAUAGAACCAUUAGUAAGAGGUUUCUUUAGUUUAGAUGAGUUAUUAGAUUUAGUGAAACCUAAAAAAAGAGGUUUUUUUAGGAAAGUUACAAGAACAUUUAGAUCAACAAAUGAUUAUAAAAAAAAAUAUAAAAAAAAAGAAGUAUUUGGAGUUCCUUUGGAAAUAUUAGUUGAAGAAAACGGUGUAAAUUCAGAACAUGGAAUGGUUCCCGGGCGUUUGUAUAUUCCGGGUUUUAUUGAUGAAAUAAUAUCUGCUAUGAAACAAAUGGAUGUAUCUGUAGAAGGAAUAUUUAGAAAAAAUGGGAAUAUAAAACGGCUUAAUGAUUUUACUGAAUCUAUUGAUAAUAAUUUUAAUAGUCUUUCUUUUAAUGAUGAAUCUCCUAUACAACUUGCUGCAUUAAUGAAAAAAUUUCUUCGUGAACUUCCUGAACCUCUUCUUACAUUUAAGUUGCAUAAAUUGUUUUUAGCAUCUCAAAAAAUUGACGAUGAAAAUACUCGUUAUAGGGCAUUGCAUCUUACAUGUUGUUUAUUACCAAAAUGUCAUCUUAAUUGUAUGGAAGCAAUUUUUCUUUUUCUUAAUUGGGUUGCAUCAUUUGCAAAUAUAAAUAAAGAAUCGGGGAAUAAAAUGGAUAUUUAUAAUCUUGCAACAGUUAUUACACCGGAUAUUUUAUAUUCAAAAAAUAGAAAAACUAGAGUCGAUGAAGCCAUUUUGGCUAUUAAAGUUGUAUAUACACUUAUUGAAUUUAUAGACAAAUUUUCUUUGGUACCUACUGAUCUGUUAUCUACUUUACAUGAUUUAUGUAUGCUUAUAAAGAAUCCAGAUCUUAAUAUAAAAGAUAUGCUUAAGGAAUACGAAAAGAUUCUUGAAAUUAAUUCUUUGAAAAAUGCGAAACUGUCACCAAUAAAGAAGUUUAUUAGACAUAAUGAAUAUAAAGUAUUUAGACAGAAAAAACGAGAGUUAAUAUGA